AUGAUUACAAUGGAAAAUACAGCUGCCCAAUCAAGUGAUGACUCACUAAGCUCAUCAAGCAGUGUAGAUGAUGAAUUGGACGAGCACAUGGAUAAUGCUACAGGUCCUUUAUGCGCAUGUGGUGCUGGCCAUAUAAGUGUUUUCAGAGCUCGUACAACAAGGAAUGAUGGUAGUUAUUUUUAUAGGUAUCCAUUUGGUAAAGACCAUAGGAAUGCAUUUAUUUGA